AUGAACAAGCUAAAGUCCUUUAAGAAAGGCAUCGAAGAUGUUCGUCAGGGCAAUGAAACGGCAUUAGAAGCCACUACGCUCACAUUCUUGAAAUCUUUAACUCUAUCGCAUAAUAAGAUUCAAGAAAUCCCUGAUGAUAUUGUUAGCCUUCAGCACUUGGAGCAUUUGAAUCUGUUUAAUAACUGGAUAACAGUAAUCACCCCCAAAAUAUCAGAAUUGCGAGGACUUCGCUCUCUCAUACUCGGAAUGAAUAGAUUGGACGCUCUACCUAGAGGGUUCGGUGCAUUUCCUGCGCUUGAAGUUCUGGACCUGACUUACAAUAAUUUGACAACCCUUCCCGAUAAUUUCUUUAAUUUGGGAACUUUGCGUGCACUUUACUUGUCUGACAACAAUUUUGAGUAUCUUCCGGCCGGAAUAGGGAAUCUAUUGAGUUUGGAAAUUCUUGCUUUGAGGGAUAACGACCUCAUCUACCUGCCUCCUGAAAUUGGUAAACUGACACGACUGAAGGAACUUCACAUUCAAGGAAAUCGGUUGACUGUUUUGCCUCCAGAGCUAGGAAAUCUUGAUCUAACGGGGCCGAAACAGGUUGCUAAACUCAGUGGAAAUUAUUGGGUUUCUCCGAUUGAGGAUCAGUUGCAAGUCGGACUAUCCCAUGUUUUUGAUUACAUUCGAUCAGAAACCUACAAAUUUCUUCAUGACAGACACCUAACAAUGGAUCCUCCGGUACCACCAAAAGCCGAUCGAUCGAAGAAGAUAAGCCGGAAGCGCUAA